UAAAAGGGGAAGUUGGUUUCUUGAACUGUUGAAUUUCAUGAAUUUAAAUAUUUUCACUUUGAAAGCUCCAACCAAAGGAUCUACUUGUCCUCCUCUUAUUGGCGUGGACUUCUUUGGUGAUGAGUGUCAUUACAGUCCAGAGUGUGAAAAUGGUGACAGCCAACAUGUUACUGAGUGUCUUCUUUGUUUCAGGUGCUUUGGCUGACUGUCCUGCUGAUCCAGCCCUAUUCAUUACUGCACCAAAGAACAUGGAAGCACUGAAUGGAUCUUGUCUGCAAAUUCCAUGUAACUACAGCGCUGAAUCGGGGACGGUAUUCGACAUCACCAAAACAACCUUCGGAGUGUGGAUUAAAAAUAACCUUGAUUUUGCCAACAAUCCAAACAAUGUGAUUUUUAAUGGCAGCAAGGCAAAUAAUAUCAACCCAAUACAUAUUACUGGAAACUUGAGUUUGAGAAACUGCACCACUUUAUAUUCCAGUUUAAUCACAAAUUACACAGACACAUACUUCUUCCGAAUUGAGAGCACGUCAUUCAGGGCAACAGCUUCUUGUGAUCCUCUUCAAAUAACAGUUAAAGAUUCUCCUCAGAAGCCCAGCAUUGAAGUCCCACGUGAUCUGAAGGAGAAGGAGUUUGUCACUAUAACCUGCUCAGCUUCCACUCCCUGUCCACACUCCCCUCCUAAACUCACCUGGAAUCUCACACAAGACCCUCACAACACAAUAGAGGAUAACACAGAUCAAACCUUCACAUCUAAAAUCCAGGAGACCAUCACUCUGUCAGACAAACAUGAUGGAGUCACCAUCACCUGUUCUGCCACAUAUCCUGUGGAUGGAGGAAACUUCAAGACAGCAGAGGAGAGAAAGACUCUCAAUGUUUCAUAUGCUCCCAAGGACACCUCAGUGUCCAUCAGUCCAUCGGAUCUGGUGUCAGCAGGUAGCUGGGUGAACCUGACCUGCUCCAGCAGAGCCAAUCCUCCCGUCAGCAGCUUCACCUGGUUCAAGACCAGCAAAGAUGGACCCAUCAAAGUGUUUGACAGAGACUAUUACAGCUUUAAUGUGACAGAUGGAGGCAUUUAUUACUGUGUGGCCACAAAUGAUCUUGGUAAUGGAAUAUCACCAGAGAUCCAUCUUUAUAUUGAGGGAGGAGAUAGCUCUGUACAAUGGGCAGCAAUUCUUGGAGGAAUCUUUGGGAUCCUUGUUCUCAUCUGUCUGGUGGUCUGUGUUUGGCGUUUAAAGUCGACACAUUCAACUGCACAACAGACUCAGAGUCAAACAGAUGAAGAGCUGGUUGUUGAAGAGCAAGCAAGAAAAGCAGAAGAAGAAGACAUCCAUUAUGGAGAGAUCGACUUCUCGAAGCGGAGACCUGAAGCAUCCUCGGCCUCAAAGCAGGACAGUGGACAGCAGCAGGAUGUGCUGUAUGCACAGAUCAAAGUGUCAAACACAACAAACAGCUUAGGACAGACUGCUGACAGCCCAGAGGAUCUCUACGCACAAGUGAAGAAAAAAUAAGUGCUGUUUUGUUUGUGUAAAGACACAGAUUAGACCUGAAUUGAAUUCAUAUUAAAUAAACUGUAAGUUUUAUAAAUAAAGUAUGUUUUCAUGUUGGAUAAUGUAAAAAAAAAAGACACCAGAGUUUGGACAGGAAAAUAUCAUUUUCAUUGCCUACAAUUCAAUAAAUGCAAACUCAGAACCUCCA